GGCCCCCCCCUGGCCAUGGCGGAGGAGCGGAAGGGGGGGCCCUACCUGGACCCCUUUGGCACGGGGCUGGUGCGGGCGCAGGAGGUGCCCAACGCCCCCGACGAGGUCUCGGCCAUGAAGAACCUGCUCAAAUACAGCAACGGGGCCCUGCUGGGGGGGCAGAAGGGCCCCCCCUUUGUGGGGCUGGCGGGCACCAAGGGCAGCUGCGCCCACCAGGACGCCAAAUUCCCGUCGGGGAAGGGGCAGCUGGAGCUGGAGCGGCCGGACUGUGCCCGCGGCCGGGAGCACGAGGCGCUGGGCCCUGGCGGCACCGAGGGCGAGGUGCGGCAGCCGCCCGUGGGCAUCGCCGUGGCCGUGGCGCGGCAGAAGGACACGCUGGGCCGCCACGAGCCCUACGGCAACGGCGGCACCGGGGGCACCGGGCGACAGCGGGCAGCAGCCGGAGUCAAAGCGGGCACCGCGCGCCCCGUGCACCUGAUGGAGCUGGAGGCUGAGGAGGAGCGGGGCCGGCUGUGCGAGGAGCGCCUGGGGCUGCCCGGGAGGGACAUCCUGCUCCAGGACAGCAAGGACCUGGUGGAGUUUGCCCGGAUGCACCCGUCAGGGGGGUGUCCCGGGGAGCUGACCCCCCACCUGAUGAUGGCAGGGGGCUCAUCGCUGCCAGCGGGGCAGCUGGGGGGAGACCCCGCUGCCCACGCCCACCCUGCGCACACGCACUGGCUGCCCCGCACCCGCAGCCCCUCCAUCUGGAUGGGGGGGCACUCCUACGGCAUCGGGCACCCGGCACUGCACCAGAACCUGCCCCCCGCCUUCCCCACCUCCAUGCCCAGUGCCAUGCAGCCCGUGUUCCCCCUCGCCCAGGACCCCCCUGCCCAGCUCGUCAUCCUCCCCACAGAGCCCCCCGCCCACGGCACCCCCCACACGCUGGCCGACGUGAUGGACCAGGCGUCGCUGUGGCCCCCCAUGUACCCAGGCCGGGGUCCCAGUGCCCACCUGCAGCACACGGGGCAGCUGCCCGUGUACCCACGGUCGCAGUUCCUGCGGCAGCAGGAGCUCUACGCCCUCCAGCAGCAGCAACAGCAGCAGCAGCAGCAGCAACGGGCAGCCCAGGCCCUCGAGAUCCAGCGCCAGGCACACGGCCAGCGGAAGCCGGAGGAGCAGCCCCUGGAGCUGGAGGAGGGGGGUCCUGAGAAGCCCCUCAAACCCUCCCACAAAGCAGUUGCCUUAAACCCCCCAACCAAGGGCCUGACCUCGGCGGCCCCCGCGCCCCCCAAGCUCUCCCCCUGCUGCCACUCGCCGGCCCUGCGGCACCAGGCCAAGUGCCCGGUGACCCUGCCCACGGCCCCCUGCACUUUACCCGCCUGCCCCGCCGCCAGCCCGGCCGUGGCCCCCCGCUCGCCGGCCACCAGCCCCCUGCCCACCCCCAGCAAGGGCAGUGAGGGCGAGGACGCCCGGGGUGAGGGGCAGCCCCCACGCCGCUACCCCAAACCCCUGGAGCCAGACCUGCCCCCCGGGUAUGGCUACCCUGCCACCGCCAUGGGCUACCCCACGGCGCACUCGGCCGAGCCGGCAGACCCCGACCCCGUGCACGCCGGGUCCCCCCCCGCCGAGCCCGAGCAGUCCCGGACCUUCAGCCCCACCGCCGAGGCGCUGCGGGAGCCGGGCCCUCCCCGGGACCCCCCGGCCGAGGGUCCUGGGGUGCUGCUGCACCGCCACCACCUGCUGCUCCCCCCGGGCCCCCUCUGUGGGGAGCGAGGGGCAACACCGGCCGCGGGGGGCACCGAGGAACCCUUCGGGGGGCACCGGGAGGCGGCUCAGGGAGCGCCGGAGCAGCCGGAGCAGCAGCACCCUGUGCCCGGGGUGGGGGGCUCCCCGCUGCCCCCCACUGCAGAGGAGGAGGAGGAAGAAGAGGAGGAGGAGGAAGAAGAAGAGGAGGAGGAAGAAGAGGAGGAGGAGGAGGAAGGCGACAGCGAUGGCUUGGAGCUGGAGGGCAGCUGCGAUGAGGAGGAGGAUGGUGAUGUCCCCGUCAGGCACCAGGGCUGCCCGGGCGGGCUGGAGGCUCUGAUCGCCGCCGGCAUUGACCUGGGGGAGCUGCCAGCACUGGACGAGCCCGAGGAGCCUCCCCCUGCACCCCCUUCGCCCGCCCCACAUCCCUCAGGGAUCCCCGGCAUCGCCCUGCUCAGCGAACUCGCCGACCUGGAGCUGCGCCGGCGCCGCUGCGACCUGGCCAGGGAAGGUGAGGAUGAGGAGCUGCUGGCCUUCAACCUGCAGAACCUGGCCACGGUGGCGGCCGCCUGGUCACUGGUGGAGGCGGCGGGGCGGGAGGGCAGCCCCCCCGCGCUCAGCCCCCUGCCCGCCUCGCCCCCGCCCCGCGCCCGCGUCCCCCGCCGCAAGUACACCUGGACCCCCAAAACCAAGGCCGUGUGCCCGCUGAAGGCGGCCAUGGAGCAGCUGAACACGCAGGAGGUGGAGGUGCGGAUGCGCCUGGCCGAGCUCCAGCGCCGCUACAAGGAGAAGCAGCGGGAGCUGGUGAGGCUCCAGCGGCGCCACGACCACGAGCGUGACGAGAGCUCCCGGAGCCCGGCGCGGCGCGGGCCGGGGCGGCCAAGGAAGAGGAAACACUCCAGCACUCUGGGCAGGGCUGAGAGCCGCAAGGUCAAGGCAGUGAAGACCAGCCUGUCCCUGCUGUGUGCUGAGCUGAGGGGGGACCCCGAGCCCCAGAAGAAGAGGAGCAAACUGUCAGGUGGAACCUUCAGCAGCCUCCAGGGCUCCCCGAAGGUGAAGGGCAAGGGGCUGCCCCCCGGCCUCAGCCCCUUCCGCCGGAGGGACCCCAACCCCAGCGCCCGCAUCCAGAAGAAGCUGAACCGACCCAAGGGCUCCAAGGGCUCCAAGUACCAGGGGCAGGACCCCGGCCCCCGGCAGCCACCCCAUUUCAGAGAUGAGCCCGAGGGGGACACGGACAGUGAGGAUGAGGAGCCGGGGCUGUCCCUGCCCACGGGGCCGGUGGCUGUGCUGGGGCCCUCCCCAUCCUCCGUGGUGAAGAUGGAGGCCAACGAGAAGGCCAAGAAGAAGAAGGAAAGGCAGGGGCUGCUAGGUCCCUGCCGCCUGGGCAGCCCCGAGGGGGAGGUGAAGAUCAAGCGGCGGCCGGUGAAGCCGGGGGGUGCCGGGAAGCUGGAGAAGGUGCCGGGGCGGCGGAAGGCCGGGGGCUGCCCUGAGGGCAGCAAGAAGAAGCUGAAGGCCAAGAGCAAGGAGAGCCUGCGGCCCCCAGCCCCCGGCGGCCCCAGCCCCACGGGACCCCCUGGCAGCCUCUUCGGGGGCACGGACCCCCGGCUCCUGGGGCCACGGGACGAGGGGGUUCGGCUGGGAGAGAGGGGCAAGAAGGGCACCCGCAAGAGCAAGGGGCUGCAGGCAGCCCUCAGGCGCAAGAACGGGGCGCUCUCGUUGGCCCUCUCCCCCCGGAGCGCCAAGACCAUCCUGAGCAAGGGCAAGAAGCUGGCCAAGGUCAAGAGCAAAGUGACCACCAAGCAGUGCAAGGGCCGGGCAGUCAGCAAACUGCUGGAGAGCUUCACCGUGGAGGACGACUUCGACUUUGACGACAACAGCAGCUUCUCAGAGGAGGAGGAGGAGCUGGGGGGCUGCCUGGCAGGGGGGACACGUGGGCAGGUCCCCCACGCCUGCGCCAUCCAGAAGGAGGAUCUGCGGGAUGGGCUGCACAUCCUGAUUCCCAAGGAGGACAGUCUGCUCUACGCCGGCAGCGUCCGCACCAUCCAGCCCCCGGACAUCUACAGCAUCAUCAUCGAGGGCGAGCGGGGGAACCGGCAGCGCAUCUACUCACAGGAGCAGCUGCUGCAGGAGGCGGUCCUGGACGUGCGGCCGCAGUCCCGCCGCAGCCUCCCCCCCGGCACCCGCGUCUGCGCCUACUGGAGCCAGAAAUCCCGGUGCCUGUACCCAGGGAACGUGGUGCGAGGCUCCUCCAGCGACGAGGAGGAGGAGGACACCGAGGCCGUGCUGGUGGAGUUCGACGACGGCGACACCGGACACAUCGCGGUGUCCAACAUCCGCCUGCUGCCCCCCGACUUCAAGAUCCAGUGCACUGAGCCCUCCCCAGCACUGCUGGUGUCCAGCUCCUGCCGGCGGGCGAAGCGGGCGUGUGGCGACGUGGGCACCCCUGGAGCACUGCCCCCCACGCUGUGCCCGGAUCACGGCCCUCAGGCCUCCCGGAAUUCCGGCAGGAAGGCAUCAGGAAAGGAGAAAAGCGGCAAAGCCGUGGAGGGGCUGUCGGGGGGCCGGGGGCCGGCACUGAGCGACGCCACGGCCGGGCGGCGCGGGGGGUCCCUGCUCAGCUGGGCAGCCAUGGCACAGACCAAGCGGAAGGCGGUGAGCAAGGGCUCGGCCGUGCUCCAGAACCUCUUCCAGGUCAACGGCAGCGCCAAGAAGCUGCGGGCCAAGGAGACCCUCUUCCCGCUGCACCACCACCACCACCACCUCGCCGCCCCCGUCUUCGGCAACGCCUUCAGCGCCGACUCCUUCAGCCGCAUCGCCAGCUCCUACGGCUCCUUCGGCGCCGGCGCCGGGCUGGUGCUGCCCGCGGCACAGAAACUCCUGCGCUCCAAGAAGGCCGAGCGGCUGGAGGCGGAGGUGGGCAGGAGCGGGCGCAGGAAGGCGGCAGGCGGCGAGUUCCUGGUCAAGCUGGACCACGAAGGGGUGACGUCCCCCAAGAACAAGACGUGCAAGGCGCUGCUCUUGGCCGAGAAGGACUUCGGGGCCAGGCUGGAGCGGCCGCUGGGCAGCCACAGCUACGGACACGCCGGGCUGGGUGGCCGGGAGCGGAGGGGCCGCGCGGCCGCGCAUCCACUGCCCGUGGGGCUGGCGCUGCGCAAGUACUCGGGGCACGGGGACUUCUCCCUGAACUGCGACAGCGACUGCCACAGCUCCUACUCGGACAUGGACGAGGACGAGGACGCGGCGGGGCUGGGCGCCGACGUCCCCUCGCGCUUCAUGACGCGCCUCUCGGUGUCCUCCUCUUCCUCGGGCUCCUCCACCUCCUCCAGCUCCGGCUCCAUCUCCACGUCCAGCCUCUGCUCCUCGGACAAUGAGGAUUCCUCCUACAGCUCGGAGGACGAGGACUCGGCGCUGCUGCUCCAGACCUGCCUGUCGCACCCGGUGCCGGCGCUGCUGGCGCAGCCGGACGCACUGCGGCCCAAGGGCUCUGCGCCACAGCGCUGCUUCCUGUCCAAGGCGGCCGCCGCCGGCCCCAAGGCCAAGCUCAAGCGCAAGGAGGCCCUCAGCUUCGCCAAAGCCAAAGAGUUCUCCCGGCGGCAGCGCCUGCCCUCGGUGGAAAACCGGCCAAAGAUCUCCGCCUUCCUGCCCGCGCGCCAGCUCUGGAGGUGGUCGGGGAACCCCACGCAGCGGCGCGGCAUGAAGGGCAAGGCGCGGAAGCUGUUCUACAAGGCCAUCGUGCGGGGCAAGGAGACGCUGCGCGUGGGCGACUGCGCCGUGUUCCUGUCGGCCGGGAGGCCCAACCUGCCCUACAUCGGCCGCAUCGAGAGCAUGUGGGAGUCCUGGGCCAGCAACAUGGUGGUCAAGGUCAAGUGGUUCUACCACCCCGAGGAGACCAAGCUGGGCAAGCGCCAGAGCGACGGCAAGAACGCGCUGUACCAGUCGUGCCACGAGGACGAGAACGACGUGCAGACCAUCUCGCACAAGUGCCAGGUGGUGGGGCGGGAGCACUACGAGCAGCUCACGCGGGGCCGGAGGUACCAGGACCGCCAGGACCUCUAUUACCUGGCGGGCACCUACGACCCCACCACGGGCCGCCUGGUGACCGCCGACGGGGUGCCCAUCCUCUGCUGACCCCCCCUGGGGGUGCCCAUCCUCUGCUGACCCCCCGGGGCUGCCCACCCUCUGCUGACCCCCCCAGGGAUGGGGACGGGGACCCCCCCUCUGCGGGUCCUGCCCGGCUCUUAUGCAAAGCCCGUGGUGACAUUGGGGGGGGGGUUGGGGGGGCCCAAGGGGGAGGGGGGGGGGGGGGGGGGCUCCCCUACAAGCCAUAACUUUCCCUAGUACCUCUGACUGUUUGCCAGCAGGUGAAGCAGAAAUCAGGUGUGUUGUUCUAUUUAUUUUGCCUGUAAAUAUUGUAUUUCUUCCGGGAAGUUUUAUGGAAAACCGAGAAAGGACAAAAAAAAAAAAAAAAAAAAAAAA